UAUUGUAUGUUGUAUUUUUCAAUAGUUAAUAGUGUUAUUUGUGUUAGUUUUGAUGUUGUAGGAUUUAGGAGGGUCCAGACCAUGGCCUUUGCUAUUGACGAGAUCAACAGAAACACCAAGCUGCUACCUAAUGUGACUCUGGGAUACAGUCUUUACGAUCACUGUGUCAAACUGGGGAUUUCAUUUCGUGCAGGUUUAUCCUCAGUCAGUGGUCAAGAGGAGCAGAUUAUGUUAGAUGAGACCUGUUCAGGAACCCCUCCAGUCAUAGGGAUUGUGGGUGAUUCUUCCUCUACUCAUUCUAUUGCAAUCUCUUCUGUCCUAGGUUUGUACAGAGUACCUAUGGUAAGUUACUUUGCCACAUGUUCCUGUCUGAGUGACCGGCAGAAGUUUCCAUCUUUCUUUAGGACGAUCCCAAGUGAUGCUUUCCAGGUGCAGGCUAUGAUUCAGAUACUGAAGCGAUUUGACUGGAGUUGGGCAGGUCUGCUGGUCAGUGAUGAUGACUAUGGACUCCAUGCUGCUCGAUCCUUCCAGUCUGACCUGCCACACUCUGGUGGAGGUUGUCUUGCCUACUUAGAGGUGCUGCCAUGGGACAACGACCCAGCUGAACUAAGGAGGAUUGUUGAUUUGAUGAAGAAAUCUACAGCUCGUGUGGUCAUUGUGUUUGCACAUGAGAGUUACAUGAUGAACCUCAUGGAAGAGGUGGUGAGGCAGAAUGUGACAGGCCUGCAGUGGAUGGCCAGUGAAGCCUGGACAGCUUCUACUGUCCUCCAGACCCCUGACCUCAUGCCGUACCUGGCUGGCACACUGGGUAUUGCCAUCCGUCGAGGAGAAAUACCAGGCCUCAGGGAAUUCCUCCAACAAAUGCUUCCUGACCUACACCAUAAUAAUAGCUAUGGAAAUAGUAUGGUUAAUCAGUUUUGGGAAUUCACAUUUCAAUGUAGAUUCCCACCACCUCCAGAAGGUUGGGUGGAGGCUAAGGGAACAUUAUGUACUGGACAGGAAAAGCUAGAGGAUGUGGAGACUGAGUUGUUGGAUGUUUCCAAUCUCAGGCCAGAGUAUAAUGUGUACAAGGCUGUGUAUGCUCUGGCCCAUGCCCUUAAUGACAUGCUGCAGUGUGAGCCAGGGAGAGGGCCUUUCAGCGGGCACAGCUGUGGCAAUUUGAAAGAACUGGAGCCAUGGCAGCUAGUGUAUUACUUGGAAAAAGUCAAUUUCACUACAGCAUUUGGUGAUCAAGUGUCAUUUGAUGAGAAUGGAGAUGCCUUAGCAAUAUAUGAUGUCAUGAACUGGCUGUGGCUCCCUGAUGGAAGAACGGAAGUUCAGAAUGUGGGUGAGGUCAAGAGGUCUGCCUUCAAAGGUGAAGAACUCACACUUGAUGAAGACAAAAUCUUCUGGAACUUUGAAUCAAAAAAGCCACCCCGCUCAGUGUGUAGUGAGAGCUGUCCUCCAGGUACCCGCAUGGCCAGAAAGAAAGGGGAGCCCGUGUGCUGUUUUGACUGCAUCCCUUGUUCUGAGGGAAAGAUCAGCAAUAAAACAGAUGCCAUGGGGUGCACUAGCUGUCCUGAGGAUUUCUGGUCCAGCCCCCAGCGUGACCACUGUGUUCAUAAGAAAACAGAGUUUCUCUCCUAUCAUGAACCUCUGGGUAUGGGCUUGACAGCUGCCUCUUUGCUGGGCACAUGUAUGUGUGCUGUUGUCCUGGGCAUAUUUAUCUGUCAUCGCAGCACACCUAUAGUACGUGCCAACAAUUCAGAGCUGAGUUUCCAGUUACUGUUGUCUCUUAAGUUAUGUUUCCUGUGUUCACUGCUGUUUAUCGGUCGCCCCAGACUGUGGACAUGCCAGCUGAGACAUGCAGCAUUUGGGAUCAGCUUUGUGCUUUGUGUCUCAUGUAUUUUGGUAAAAACCAUGGUGGUUCUGGCUGUAUUCAAGGCCUCCAAGCCAGGAGGGGGAGCCAGUCUGAAGUGGUUUGGUGUUUUGCAGCAGAGAGGGACAGUUAUUGUUCUCACUUCUUUUCAGGCAGCAAUCUGCACUGCCUGGAUUGUAUCUGCCUCCCCAACUCCAUAUAAAAACACUCAAUACUACAUUGACAAGAUAGUUUAUGAGUGUGCAGUUGGGUCCACAGUUGGUUUUGCAGUGUUACUGGGCUAUAUUGGCUCAUUGGCUUCCCUCAGUUUUCUGAUUGCAUUUAUAUCAAGGAAUCUUCCAGACAGUUUUAAUGAGGCCAAACUCAUCACUUUCAGCAUGUUGAUCUUCUGUGCUGUGUGGGUGGCCUUUGUCCCUGCUUAUAUCAGCUCACCAGGCAAAUAUGCAGAUGCAGUGGAGGUAUUUGCCAUCCUGGCGUCCAGUUUUGGUCUCUUGCUGGCACUGUUUGGACCCAAAUGUUACAUAAUCCUGCUGAGACCAGAGAGAAACACAAAGAAAGCAAUCAUGGGUCGAGAAUGCCGAUCCUCUGUGCUGUGUGGGUGGCCUUUGUCCCUUCUUAUAUCAGCUCACCAGACAAAUAUACAAAUGCAUUGGGGGUAUCUGCCAUACUGGCCUCCAGUUUUGUCUCUUGGUGGUACUGUUUGGACCAGAAUGGAACAUAAUCCUGCCAGAGAGGAACACAAAGACAGCCAUAAUGGGUCAGGAAAUCCAGGCCUAGUUACUGGUCGCUUGUUUCUCAUUAUGAUAAAAGUAUGCCCUAAAUCAAACCACAUCGAUCGACAGCUGGUUCAUACAGAGUACCUAUGUGACCGGCAGAAGUUUCCAUCUUUCUUUCGGACGAUCCCAAGUGAUGCUUUCCAGGUGCUGAGGCAGAAUGUGACUGGCUUGCAGUGGAUUGCCAGUGAAGCUUGGACAGCGGCUGCUCUGUUUCAGACCCCCCAUCUCAUACCGUACCUGGCUGGCACAUUAGGCAUCGCCAUCCGUCAAGGAGAAAUACCAGGGCUCAGGGAAUUCCUGCUACGAAUACGUCCUGACCUACACAACAACAGCUAUAGAAACAGCAUAGUGAAAUUGUUCUGGGAAUACACAUUUCAGUGUAGAUUUGCACCACCUCCAGCAGGUUGGGUGGAAACUAAAGUAGUAUUAUGUACAGGACAGGAAGAUUUGGAAGAUGUGGAGAAUGAGUUUCUGGACUCUUCAAACCUCAGGCCUGAGUAUAAUGUGUACAAGGCUGUGUAUGCUCUGGCCUAUGCCCUUGAUGAUAUGCUACACUGUGAGCCAGGGAGAGGGCCUUUCAGUGGGAACAGCUGUGCCACUUUGCAAACACUGGAGCCAUGGCAGUUAGUGUAUUACUUGCAGAAGGUCAACUUCUCCACAACAUUUGGUGAUCAAGUAUCCUUUGAUGAAAAUGGUGAUGCUUUACCGAUAUAUGACAUCAUGAACUGGCUGUGGCUCCCUAGUGGAAGAACUAAACUGCAGAAUGUGGGUGAGGUCAAGAGGUCGGCCUUCAAGGGUGAAGAACUCACAAUUAAUGAAGAAAAAAUAUUCUGGAAUUCUGAAUCCAAAAAGCCACCCCGCUCAGUGUGCAGUGAAAGCUGUCCUCCAGGCACCCGUAUGGCCAGAAAGAAAGGGGAACCUGUGUGCUGUUUUGACUGCAUCCCUUGUUCUGAGGGAAAGAUCAGCAAUAAAACGGACUCCAUGGAGUGCACCAGCUGUCCUGAGGACUUCUGGUCCAGCCCCCAGCGUGACCACUGUGUUCCUAAGAAAACAGAGUUUCUCUCCUAUGAUGAGCCUCUGGGUAUCUGCUUGACAACAACUUCUUUGCUGGGCACAUGCAUGUGUGUGGUUGUCCUGGGCAUAUUUAUCUGUCAUCGCAGCACACCCAUAGUACGGGCCAACAAUUCAGAGCUGACUUUCCAGUUACUGUUGUCUCUUAAGUUAUGUUUCCUGUGUUCACUGCUGUUUAUCGGUCACCCCAGACUGUGGACAUGCCAGCUGAGACAUGCAGCAUUUGGGAUCAGCUUUGUGCUUUGUGUCUCAUGUAUUUUGGUAAAAACCAUGGUGGUCCUGGCUGUAUUCAAGGCCUCCAAGCCAGGAGGGGGAGCCAGUCUGAAGUGGUUUGGUGUUUUGCAGCAGAGAGGGACAGUUAUUGUUCUCACUUCUUUUCAGGCAGCAAUCUGCACUGCAUGGAUUGUAUCUGCUUCGCCAACUCCUCAUAAAAACACUCAAUACCACAAUGACAAGAUAGUGUAUGAGUGUGCAGUUGGGUCCACAGUUGGUUUUGCAGUGUUACUAGGCUAUAUUGGCUCAUUGGCUUCCCUCAGUUUUCUGAUUGCAUUUAUAUCAAGGAAUCUUCCAGACAGUUUUAAUGAGGCCAAACUCAUCACUUUCAGCAUGUUGAUCUUCUGUGCUGUGUGGGUGGCCUUUGUCCCUGCUUAUGUCAGCUCACCAGGCAAAUAUGCAGAUGCAGUGGAGGUAUUUGCCAUCCUGGCCUCCAGUUUUGGUCUCUUGUUGGCGCUGUUUGGACCAAAAUGUUACAUAAUCCUGCUGAGACCAGAGAGAAACACAAAGAAAGCAAUCAUGGGCCGAGAGUGCCGAUCCUCUGUGCUGUGUGGGUGGCCUUUGUCCCUUCUUAUAUCAGCUCACCAGGCAAAUAUACAGAUGUAUUGGGGGUAUCUGCCAUACUGGCCUCCAGUUUUGUCUCUUGGUGGUACUGUUUGGACCAGAAUGGAACAUAAUCCUGCCAGAGAGGAACACAAAGACAGCCAUAACGUUUCAGGAAAUCCAGGCCUAGGUCACUUGUUUCUCAUCAUGAUAAAAGUAUGCCCUAAAUCAAACCACAUCGAUCGACAUCUGGUAACUACUUUUACAUAUCUCUUGUAGGCUGAUCUUCUACACAGUUUUGUGGAGUGUGUAUGUACUAGCAUAUAGCCACUUGCAUUCACAAUGCUCAGGCCACUUACAUACAUCGGUUGAUGCUAUAUCUUCUUGACACUUUUCAUGCCAUGUAAUUUAGAACUGGGUUUGACUGGAAAAGCUUGUCAGAAGUAUAAAAUUGUGCUGGACCAGCCAAAUAAGUUGUGUCUAAUUCAGUGAUGCCAAUAACGUGUCACUUAGUGACACGUCACUCUAAUCUGACCACUUUUUCGAGUAACAGGUUAUCUGACACAUUAAUAUUUCCAAACCAGUAAUCAGAUUAAAUUUAGUUAUUCAAGUCACUGUGCAUUACUAUUAUUUUUGUCAUUUUCCUUUGUAAAGAUAUAUAUUUUUGCUUUCUUCUUGCAUCUUGGGGAGUGAUGUCAUGUAUGUGACAAGUCACGUUUUCAGCAUGAGGACACGCGUUUUCAUCCUGGAAAUACAGUCAUCAUUUUGAGUUUGUGUCAGCUAAAGGUGAGAACAUUAAGGUUUGCUGUACACUCUGUGCUGGCGAAAAAGUGGUAUCAUGCUUCAAAAACAUGACGUCAACUUUGAAGAAACAUUUGGAGUCGCAGUGCAAUUAAGUUUACUGAGCAAGUCCCACCAGGGGUGUUAAGCAGAGAGCAGCUAGCAAAGCCACGGCCUUGACUUCUGCAGGAGGCCCCCCAUCACCCAGACAACAAAAGCUGGACUUCGGUGCAAAACAAGGACAGUUUCAUCUUAAUGGGAUGCAC